CAUAGCAGCUUAUCCUUCCCAAUCACGUGACGUGGCGGGGGCAAGCAAACGGCCACCAAUGGGCACCGUGACCGCGGCCGCGGCGAUUUCCUUAGCGGCGGCCGCGGCGUCCAGCCCCUCCGGCCGCCGACUCCGCCGGGGCCCCGUCUUCGUCCGUUGCUCGUCCUCCGCGGCCGACGAGCGUCAGGCCCUCUUCAGCCGCAUCGCCCCCGUCUACGACCAAUUGAAUGACGUGCUGAGCUUGGGCCAGCACCGGACGUGGAAGCGCAUCUGCGUCUCCUGGUCGAGGGCGAAGAGAGGGGAUCGUGUUCUUGAUCUCUGCUGUGGGAGCGGGGAUUUGGCGUUCCUGUUGUCUCAGAAGGUCGGCCUGGAUGGAGAGGUGAUGGCUGUCGAUUUCUCAAGGCAACAACUGCAAAAUGCUGCUGACCGUCAGGAGCAACGCUGGAAGCUGUGCUACAAGAACAUCAAAUGGAUCGAAGGGGAUGCACUUGAUUUACCUUUCACGGGCUGCUACUUUGAUGCUGUUACGGUUGGUUACGGAUUACGCAACGUGGUUGACAAAUCCAAAGCAAUGCAAGAGAUAUUUAGGGUCCUGAAACCAGGAUCAAGAGCGUCUAUUCUUGAUUUUAACAAGAGUUCAUCACUAUUCACAGCAUUGUUACAGAGUUGGAUGAUCGACAAUGUUGUGGUUCCUUUUGCUAGUGGCUAUGGACUCACUGAAGAAUACAAGUACUUGAAAAGCUCCAUAGCACAGUAUUUUACAGGAGAAGAGUUGGAGAAGUUAGCCAAAGAAGCUGGGUUCUCUGUAGCCAAGCACUAUGAGCUUGGUGGAGGGUUCAUGGGGAACCUAGUUGCAACUCGCUGAUAGUAGAAUUGUAAUGAGGAAACAAUUUGUACGAUUUCAUUGUGCUAUUUUAGCCGGUUACAUUAGAUUUCCUAUAUAUCCUACAUAUCCUGUUCUGCUGGUCCUA